AUGGGUGGCAUCAUGGACCUCUCUUUCAUGUACCGAUGGUUAAAGAACUUUAACCUGGUCCCAAACCUCUCUGACAAGUAUGUAUUCAUCACUGGCUGUGACUCUGGCUUCGGAAACCUUCUGGCUCGGAAACUGGACGAUCGAGGGAUGCGGGUGCUGGCUACCUGCUUCACUGAGGAGGGAGCCCAGGAACUCCGAAGGGCAUGCUCCCACCGGCUACAGAUCACCUUUUUAGAUGUCACCAAGACAGAGAGCAUCAAGGCAGCAGCCCAGUGGGUAGAUGCCCAAGUGGGAGAUCGAGGGCUCUGGGGUCUGGUGAAUAAUGCUGGAGUUGGCCUGCCCAGUGGCCCCAAUGAGUGGCUGACCAAAGAGGACUUUGUAAAGGUGAUAAAUGUGAACCUGGUGGGAUUGAUUGAGGUGACCCUGAACAUGCUGCCAAUGGUCAAGAGGGCCCGGGGCAGGGUCAUCAACAUGUCCAGCUCUGGGGGCCGAGUGGCCGUCAUUGGAGGUGGUUACUGCGUCUCCAAGUUUGGUGUGGAGGCCUUCUCUGACAGCAUCAGGAGGGAGCUCUAUUAUUUUGGAGUGAAAGUCUGCCUCAUUGAGCCUGGAAACUACCGGACCUCCAUUUUGGGCAAGGAGGACAUAGAACAGCACAUGCAAAAGCUAUGGGAGCGGCUGCCCCAGGAGACAAAGGAUAGCUACGGAGAGCAGUACUACUACCUUUACACCAAAAACUUAAAAAAUUUGACCAGACUGGCAGAACCGAAAAUCAGUGAGGUCACAGACUGUAUAGAGCAUGCCCUUACUUCUCGAAGUCCUCGGAUCCGCUAUAAUCCUGGCCUGGACGCCAAACUCCUCUACCUCCCACUGGCCAGCUUCCCCACAUGGCUGACGGACUUCAUUCUGAGCCGAUACCUCCCAAAGCCAGCAGACAGUGCCCUAUGA